AUGGAAGUGUAUGACGACACAAAUGACCCAAUAGAAUUGGAGGUACCAGUCUAUCUCUGUGACAACAACUCGCAACAGGUUUUUCUAACACAAUACCCAACAAGACUCGCGUGGAGACCAUUCGAUUUAUCGCAAGUCGACGAAGUCCGGUUUAAGCCAGAGCAAAAAGGGCUAGAAAUGGAUGUCAAACUGCCCGAGGAGUAUAUCGACGACGAAUCAUCAUUCAAAAUUAAGUCACAAACAUACAAAGGGUCGGUGACGGAAAAUCGAGCGAACUAUGCUGUCGGCUUUGUCAAAGAAGUCCAAAAGGUACCAACAUUGGUUCUAUUCCCGGUCUCCACUGUCUCCCAAAUGAGACCAAAGUUUGAUUAUGUUGACGCAGACUACGUCGAGGAAAAAGUCGAGAAAGCGGAGCCAACGGAUGAGACAAAGAAAAAGCGGAUUGCCGUCUCCGCAGCCCCAACAAAAAAGCAGAAAGACGCGGAGCAGCUCAAAAAGGAUGAAGCCGAAGAAGCAAUCAAAAUGAAAUUACACGACACAACGGCGGAUGAGACAAUCCAAGUUGUGGAAGACAUGGUCAAGUCGGCGAGAGGAAAGAUUGAAUGGAAUGAAGAUGUCGAAGAAUAUGUCAAUAAACUUGCGCCAAUAAUUGAGGUACCCCCACCAAUGUUACCAAAUCGCGAUAAGAUCAUUCAAGUACUUGGCAUUGGGAAGAUCAUGCCACUACCUCGUAUAUUAGAAAUGAUGAAAGUGAGUGAACAGUCUGUUGUGGGGUGGAUAUCCGAAUUGUGUUUUGUAGUUCGUGGUUGUUUAGUUCUUCGUGGGGAGUUUUUAGAUAUUGGAAUGCGAGAGAAUUGUGUAAGAGAGAUGGUACUCUCUGUCAUUACACAAAAGGGGAGAGUGUGUAUGGACGACAUCAAGUCGGUGUGGAAAAAAUAUGAAGAGCAGAUAGCCAUGGUGAGUCGCGUUUUGACCGACUACUGCACUUUAAUGAAAGACGAGGAGACGUACUAUUGGAAGAGUAAAGUCGAAGACGAUUCAUUAGGUUCCGAAUGGGAUCAUUUAGUCAAAGCAAGCCAACAACAUUGGAAGGGUGUGAAACAAGGGAUAGUGAAAAAGAUGAAAGAACUUGACAAAACUGGUGAUGAGUUUACAGGUAAUACACAAACUAGUGGUAAGAUAGUGGGAGGAUUGAAUGACGAGAGUCAAGGACCAGUGGUUCAUUUCAUCAAAGAAUACUUGAUGAAGAAUGGUGCGUGCACUUCACAGUAUUUGAUGGGUGUUGUGGAAAAGGAAAUUACUCGAGCGAAAAGCAAAUUGAAGGGUGUUGUGAUCUCACACGAAAUUUUGUUGUCUGUGCUCGAACCAAUUACAUACAAAAUCGACACAUUGUAUGUUUCCAAAGAAUGUCCCAAAGGCAAAAACGAGGAACUUCGAAUUGCGAUCAUCAACUUUGCAACAAAGAAGACAAGCUUCUUGCAACAAGAGCUUCGAACACAUUUACAGAAUAUUGUUAUCAAUGGAAAGAAAGAAGCAAUAUCGCAAAGUGACAUUAAAGACCACAUCAGUGAAUUUAUGACGAUGAAAGGGAAUGCCUGGGUACUCAAGAAAGGCGACGGACAGAACUAG